GUUGCCGAUAUAUUUGAUUUUGGUGUCGCUUAUUGAUAUCAAAUUUGAUGUUGCUGAUUUAUAUUAGUUUUGGUGUUGCUGAUCGAUUUUAUUGUUGAUGUUGCUGAUCUAUUUUGUGUUUUUUUUUUCUGAUGUUCAGAUCUAAUCGUUAAAGUCUGCUAUCACCAUUCUGAUUGAAUAUAAACCAACCUAGAGUUUACCUUAGAUAAACCAGCUUGAUUCCUGAAUUGGGGAUUUAGAAUUUUACAAAUAAUUUUCCAUGCUUCCUUUAUGAAAUCUGUUCUAAUGCGUCGAAUCCGUAUCCUCCACUCUUUCUCUGUUGUAUUUCUUUACUGGUUCUAUGUGUUUUCAUGAAUUGCCUCCUCAUUAGUGUUCCUGCCUUCCAUUCUGCUAUCUGCAAAAUCCUAAUUCCCAUUCUCAAACUUAUUGGUUAGACUUCUGAGCCAGGCUUCAUAAUUUUUCUCAAACCUUUAAUUAAUGGGGUUGGGUGCAGUUGUGACAGUGAAAGACCCCAGGGAAGCACAGAUUAUUCUUGGUGGGGUGGAAGAAGGUGGGUUUGAUGUUGUUAUUGCAGAUGUGCACAUGCCUGAGAUGAAUGGAUUUCAAUUGCAGCAGCAAAUCACCACUCACUUUCAACUGCCUGUUAUUUACUCUAGCUUUGCUAUUAAGUGUGGUGGUCAAGAAAUAACAUCGUUUAACCAGAUAGUGUAUGAGAGGGAUAAUGAGACUCUUGGUUCGGCAACAUAUUACAUGACAAGCACAGGCAGGUGGGCUGUUAGUAAUGUUGGACUGCCCUUUGAUAGCAGUUGGGCUGUUAGUAAUGUUGGACUCACCUUUAUUUAUCUCUAUUUUUAACAACCCUUUUGUUUUACUGAGAAAUGGGAAUUAAGCAGAUAAAAAGAAAGAAUGUUGUUGUAGUAAUUUGUUUAGGUCCUUAUUCAAGUUUAAAAUUUCUCCCAUUUUCAUGGCGGUGUGCUUGUGUAAGUUAGUUCUCUUAUGCUGAUGUUGUGUCCAUUAGUUCUCUUAUCAUUGCAAAUAAUACUUGAUGAAAUGUUUAUCUCAGGUUGCUUAUGAUGAUUUUGUUGAUGUUGGAUCAUUUGCAGUUGCAAGAGAGAAAAUACUUCUAAGUUUGUUUUUCCAAGUGUUGUUUAUGUUUUCUGUAUGAUUUUUGCAUUUUGAAAUCUAUCACGGUCUAAUUUUGGAGAAGGUCUACAUUUGAUCAAAGUCAUUGAAGAAGGUUGUGGAUGCUACAUUGAUCAAAGCCAUUGAAGUAGUGUCGGAUUUGAAGGCUUAUUUAGGUGCAGCAUACUUAAGUAGUAUCAAUUAAGUAGUAUAUAUUUUCAUGACUUUUUUUUUA